AAGCAAGCGAAGUAAUGUCCGCUGUUCUCAACGCGCUCCUGCGCUGCGUCGCGUUCCUGCUGCCGCCCUCUUGGCUUCAGUUUUGCUGGUGGGUUGGGGAGGCGUCAUGGCCCAAUCCCAGAGCGCGAUUCAAACACACAAAGCCUCUUACAUAUGAGGAAGUAGCAGCUGAAGACGACGCCAAACCCGAGCCCGUCCCCUCCUCCGACAUCCCCGCGUCGGAUCGCUCUCCGUGGCGCAGAUUGUGGCCGCUGUGUUCCGCCGCCGAGCGCAUCCUGACGGCUCCCUUCGCUCUCCACAAGCGCUCGGGAAGUUUCUAUCCGGCUUGCGGCGUUGUCCUUGGCUCUCCGUUGAGCGCAGACACUACCGGAGGCGCGGAAGAGGAAGCGGCGACCAUGAGCGUCACCACCGAGCACCAGGCACAGGAGUUGCGGGAGAUGAGCGCGCAGGUGACGAUCACUGUCGCGAUCCAGGCUGCGGAGGACGAGGAACCGUCAGCCAACACCGGCGAGCUCAACACGGGCAGCGGCAGCGACGACGACAUCACAGCACACGAUAAAUCCAGUGGUGCCGGUACCAGUGGUGGGGAACUCGAAGAGGAGAGCUGGCAACCUCCUGAUCCAGAGUUGAUCCAGAAACUGGUGGCACAGAUUGAGUAUUAUCUGUCUGAUGAGAACCUGGAGCACGACGCCUUCCUGCUCAAACACGUUCGUCGCAAUAAGCUCGGCUUCGUCAGUGUAAAACUGCUCACCUCUUUUAAAAAGGUAAAGCAUUUGACACGGGACUGGAGAACCACAGCGUACGCCCUGCAGCACUCAAACCUCCUGGAACUGAAUGAUGAGGGCCGCAAGGUGCGUCGCAGGGCAACUGUACCGGUCUUUGCCAGCGAGUCCUUGCCGAGUCGCAUGCUGCUGCUCAGUGAACUGAAGCGCUGGCCGGAGCUGGGCGUGGCUCUAGGCGGAGAGGUAAACAACGGUGCGGGUCCGACCCAGCAGGAGCGGCUGAUGGAGCUUCUGCUGAAGGCGUUUGGAAACUACGGUUCGAUCGCCUCUGUGCGAGUACUCAAACCUGGCAAAGACCUGCCGGCCGAUCUGAAGAAACUCAGCGGGCGCUACUCUCAGCUGGGCACGGAGGAAUGCGCCAUUGUGGAGUUCGAAGAGGUGGAGGCCGCCAUGAAAGCCCACGAGGCGGUCGGGGGAGAGGGGGGUGACCAGGGGCCACUGGGCCUGAAAGUAGUCCUGAUCGGCACCAAGCCACCAAAGAAAAAGGUACCAAAAGAACGGCAAAGAGAAGAGGGCGGAGGCAUUCGGAAGAGUCGCUCUCUCAACAGCCGCGUACGGGAGCUGCAAUAUCACGGCGACGACUCUGCGGCGAGUUCUUCGGAAACUGAAAGCAAUCCCACCUCUCCGCGCUUGGCACGCAAGUCUCGCUCUUGCAACAAGCUCAGCCCCACCAGCGCGGGACCCAACCACCUCAGCCCGGUCGUCUCCCCGCGCACCAGUCCCUGGAGCAGCCCGCGGGCCAGUCCCAACUCCCAGCGUAAGGCCCACCACUCCGGCAAAUCUCUUUUGAUCAGCGAGGGCAGGUUGAGUCCUGAACCAGGACGCCGUUGGGCGGACUAUUCUUCAGACAGCAGUCUAACGCCCUCGGGCAGCCCCUGGGUCCAGCGCAGGAAGCAGGUGGUUAGUCAGGAGAACAGCCCCGUAGGGAGUCCGAUGCUUGGCAGAAAGAUCCAGAAUGCAGAUGGUCUUCCCCCUGGUGUAGUGCGGCUACCCAGGGGUCCUGAUGGCACGCGCGGGUUUAACUUUUCACCUUCUGGUGGAGACAGAGGCAAGACUGCAUCAACCCAAACUUGACAUUAAAACUAACUCGCCCCACUCUCAUGCCACAAAUAACCGUCUUGUUGCUCACUAGACCCUCAAACUCUUGACGCUGUUUGAACUGUCACCAUCUCUGUAGGACUGGCCGGUCUCUUAUAAUGCCUUUAUUCUAGAUGAUGUUUUCGUUUUAUAUUUCUUAAUUUGGCCAGUUUUGGACUUUGGACUUUUGGUAUUACAACAAUGGAAGCCGUUUUUGAAAGUGUUUACGUUUUAAAUUGCCUCAUGUUUUUCUUUAAUGUUUAUAAGGAGAUUUAAUAUAAAAAUGGUCCUGGUCCUUAUUUGUGCCCAGAAAUAUUACAGUGUACAUCUGUGUAGAUGUUGUUUCUGGUUACUUCUGUGUGUGUGUGGCUCAAGGUUCAGGCCGUCGGUUCUGAUCUCAGUGACACAACAUACGGUUUAUUUAAAUUAUGGCUGUAAUCUCUGGACCUGCAUCACUGGGCCAAAUGAUGAUCCCUAAAGAAAUGUUUUAUUUACUUUAAAUAGUUUAUUCUGCUUUUUAUUUGAGUGCUUUAUUAAUUAUCUGGGAUCUCUGUUUUUUGAUUCGAGUCGUCUCUGCUUCCUCGGAGCGCAGUAGACAGCUGAAGAGUGUUUGAGGUUUCUGUCCUGAGCGCAAAAUGCCCUGAGCUGCACUGAGGCCGUUCACUCUUCUUCCUAUUGUACAAAUAAAUCACUACAGUCACGGA